UAAAAAAAUAUGGCUGCCUCCAUGAUGGGGGAGUGCUGCUAAAUGCAGCAGACACAACUGAAGAGAAACAAAUCAGUUCUGCGAAUUUCCUAGGAUAUAAAAUGAGUUCACGACUGCUUUCUGUUACACAGAAAGCUUUAGGGUUUUCUACUCUACAACCAAGUCGUUCACUUAUUCGCAUGUUAGGUGCUCCACCUGAAAAAGCACGAUCACUAAAGCAGAAAAUUGAAGAGUAUAAUCGUCCAGAUGAAGAGGUUGUUCGAAGGGUGGAUAUCGGUCUUCCUUCAGGACGUGUCAGUGAUAGAACACUCGCCUCGGAAAGAUCAAAAGUUUUAGCUAAAGUGAAAAAUGACCCUGAAAUGGAACGUUUGGCAAGAGAACAAAAGUUGAAUGUUCCUUUAGAAACUAUAGAACAAGGCUGGAAAGAGUCAGGUUCAGCAAGUCAGCACCUUAAGACAAUUGCUGAUCAUUACGGUAUCUUCGAACAUCUAUUUGGUUAUGCUUACUUUUUUCCAAGAGUAAUGCUGGAUGUCGGAUUUGUACAAAAAGAUGAAUCAAUUGUGCCUGUGUAUCGUGGAAACUUUGUCAAACCUAUAGAGGCUACAAAGGCACCAGAAGUUAAUUUUGAAUCAGAUAAAGACAGUCUGUGGACUUUAAUAUUGACUAAUCCUGAUGGUCAUUUAACUGAAGAAAAUGCUGAAUAUGUUCAUUGGUUCAUGGGCAACAUACCUGGGAAUGAUGUCUCCAAAGGGGAAGUGGUAUAUGAAUAUUUACGUCCUUUCCCACCUUCAGGCACAGGCUAUCAUCGUCUUGUUUUCAUUCUUUACAAACAAGAAGGAAAAAUUGACUACUCAAGCCUUAAAAAAGCAGGCCCAUGCACUGAUUUGACUCUUCGUACGUUUAGUACUUUAGAAUUCUAUAAACCAAGACAGGACCUGCUUACACCUGCUGGACUUGCAUUUUGCCAAACAGAUUAUGACUAUUCAGUUAAGAAAACUUUCCAUGAAAUUUUAGGCAUGAAAGAACCCAAAUUUGAAUAUGAUUUUCCUGAACACUAUGUGAAGGAACAAAUAUGGUAUCCAUCUAACUCUCAAUCAUUUGAUGUGUAUUUAGACAGAUAUCGUGACCCAUGUGAAAUAAACAAGGAGUUUAUUGUGGACAGAUUAAAAACCACAAACCCAUUCCAAAAAGAGAAGAAAAAGUUGAAGUACCCACUGGUUCAUCUUCACCUAGAUAGGUCCAUUCCAAGCUGGAUCAGAAGGAGAAGAGGCUGGGCAGAAAUGGGUUGGGGAAUGGUCAAUGAAUCUAAGUAAGUUCAAUUUGUGUUUAAUUUGGUUGUUUUCCUAUGUUUAAUAAAUAUGUUGCAGAAUAUUCUACAA